AAGAGAGCCAAUCCAUUUCCGUUCCCCCGCGCCCCAAUCCCAGACUAGGGUUUGUUCCGCCCUCAAUCACCGUUCCUCAUGGCUCCCAAGCGCCGCCGCGCGGAUCAGAGCUUGCCGGCGACGGCGCCAGCUCCUCCCCUUCGGACGCCUAAACGUCAGCCGGUGGUCGUCUUUGCCCACGGCGCCGGUGCCCCCUCCUCCUCCGAUUGGAUGGUCCAUUGGAAGGAGAUGGUGCAGGACGCCCUGGAUGCUGUCGAAGUGGUGACCUUUGACUACCCAUAUAUGUCAGGUGGGAAGCGCAGGGCGCCGCCAAAGGCAGAGAAGCUUAUUGAUCAUCACCUGGGCGUCGUGAAGGAUGCUGCCGCCAAGUAUCAGGGACAUCCUCUUAUUUUGAUGGGGAAGUCCAUGGGAUCGAGGGUCAGCUGCAUGGUGGCAAGCUCCGAUGACAUUGAUGUUUCUGCUGUUGUAUGCUUGGGUUACCCUUUGAAGGGAGUGAAUGGAGCAGUGAGAGAUGAGACACUAUUACAGCUGAAGGUUCCAACAAUGUUUGUUCAGGGAAGUAAAGAUGGCUUGUGCCCCUUAGAUAGACUUGAGUCCACUCGCAAGAAGAUGACCUGCAAGAAUGAACUACAUGUUAUUGAUGGUGGUGACCACUCUUUUAAGAUCGGCAAAAAAUACCUAGAGUCUAGAGGGCUAAAUCAACAUGAUGCUGAAAUGGAAGCUGUUAAAGCGAUUUCGCAGUUUGUCCAGAACUCCUUCAGUGAGAUCUGUACCUAGCCAUCUUGUAUAUUUUCCUUAUAACACCUCAUGGUACAAGACCUUAAUCUUUGGCUUCGUAUAAAACUAAUAUGUUAAUGUAAUCCUUUAGUGCAAGAUGCUAGUUCUGAUUUCAGUCUUCAUCCAUUACAUGUUCUUUUGAUGUUACAUGAUCACAUGCUAGAAAUUAUCUAGCAUUUUCAAAUUCACUGAUAUUUCUUUCUUGGCUGGCUAUCUGCAUAUCAUGAAUAUAUCAGUGUUACUGACUGGGACUAUGCUGUUAUUGUUACCCAGGAGUUCGUUUGUCAAUGUAAACUAUUAAAUAUGAAUUCACACAAUUAGGUAACUCAGUAUAGAAGUAUUUGCUUGUUAGAAUUGAGCAGAUAAAUAGUUUAUUCCAUCAUGGAAGUAUUGUGCUGUCGAAAAUGUCAACUCUCUGUUUUGCUCUCUUUGCAGCCUUUGGAACUCAUGGUGUCCUUUCAAUAUUGUUUGUGUUCUUUUGAACUCGUGCUGCUGAGAGUUCAUAUUACAUUGCUCGAAGAAAAAUAUGAUCUAAUAUUCUUUGGUUGGCUAUAUUGUAAUUGUGUGUGUUACUUGAUUCUUAUUACAUCACAAAUGUUAGUUUACUUUAUCCUUGUAAAAGCUCUGCAUCUAUUAUCUUCUUCACUCAUAUGAACUUGGACACUGUCCACUAACUAAGCUGAGGAUUCCUGGUAUGUCAUGCUUUAUUUUGGUGAGCAGCUGGUGUCAGUGUUUCAACUUUAAUCUUAUUAUAUGUUUAUUUAUUCCCAUUCACUGAGUCAAAUCAAUUUCGUGAGUCAGCUUUUUGCUUGCGUUUUGCUUUCCUUGUUGGGCAUUUAAUGCCAUUGCUCACAUUAGAAGGUAGCAGAUAAUUAAGUGCAUGUUAAAGCUACCAAACUGAUCUCUUCUGCAUUUUGCUGAUCAAAAGAUAUCUUGUACAAGGUGACCAGAGAGGCAAUCAGUUGGAUGGAUAAUGCCAUUGGAAUUUUGAAGCUGCUGUCAAGAAGAGAUCCUGCACAGUAUGAACUUAAUAUGAAGACUAUUUCCUUGAGUUCUGAUAGAAAUCUGACCAUGGAUAUUACAUUAUUUUGAUCAACUCAGCUUAAUAGACACAAAAAGUCUUGAGGUUAGGAGUCAAUCGUCAACUUGCAGUUUAUGACAUGUCUCAACUUCUUAGGGCAGCCAAUGAUUGCUAGCUUUUGAAAUGAUCUGGAACCGAUCCACUUUGUCAAUGUGUAUCUUAGAGUAGUUACAUGGAUGGACUCCAGUUUUUAUCUGGAUCCAACUUCUAGAUUUAUUGUGGACAUUAUUUGCAUUCAGCUUAUGGCUGACUAUGGGACGUCCUGACCUCAUGGCUUCUCUGAAUGAUUUCCUAGGACAAUUUAGCUGCAUGAUAUACAACAAACAAAUGAAUAUCCAAAACUCCAAAUGGCACCAUAAUGUUCCCUCACAUGUUAGGUAUACAGCAAUGGCGCUUCUGGGGAAAAGAGGGUAUACUUGUUCCAUGUUAAGGCUUACGUUCUGUCGUGUCUUUACAACCGGUUGCCACUUCCAUAUCAUUUCCCAUAUUGUUUUGCGUCUUGGGUCUUUCCUUGCUUCUGCUGUAAAUACAGUAGACAACCAACUGAAGGAUGCCUGUUGCACACCCAACACAGCUUGGCGACUUCAGGAGAAAAUAGCAACAAGGGGGGAGCCGUACAUCAGCAUGGCAGACAAUACACCAAUACUUCCAACAAAUACCUUGCGUAUGUGGACAUGUGGUGGGUGUGGAUUAUAAAGCAUGAGAUUAAUAUGGUCAUGGCGAAGAUAGCCAGAAACAGAGAUACGAUUAGGAUAACGAGCUUCUGCAAAUUAGUAUAUGCUGAUGAAUGAUAUUUCAAAGAGUACUCCUAUUGAGUUGAGGAAAACUGUCAAGUUCUUCCACCCAGAACUAACAAUUGGAAAACCAUACCAGCUAUAUGUGAGGCAGCUGAACAGAGUCAGGAUAUACGGUAUGCAUGAGAAUUCGCCUACACUAGCCUCCUUGAUUACUCUUUUAAAUGUCAAUCUGGAAAACAAAGUGAAAACAAUACAACAGUAAGUAGUAUGGCAUGCUGUGUUUAUGAUCA